AUGAAAAAUAGUAUUGAGAGAUCUAAAUGUUAACUUCCUCGUUUAAAGGAUUAUUCAAAAGAAAAAGCUAAUAAAUUAAAAUCCUUUUUCAGAUCUAAUCGUAGUAUUUCAGAAAACAAGUUGGCUGAAUGUAAAUUCAAAGCAUCGAAAUUAUUGAUUGAUAAUUAAUAUUCGAAAGAUCACAGUCUAAUGUCUUAUUAUAUAAAGAGUAACGAAAAGUUAACAGAAAUGAGAUAAAUUCUAACCAAUACUUCAGUCCAAUCAGAUCAAGGGGAUGCUAAAAAGAAAAAUUUCCCAUUGGGAUUGUUAAAGCAUAGGUUUUCACCAAUAGAAUAGGUCAAAAAGGAGACUUAAGAGAUUAAUGAUGAAGUUUCAAAAGAAGUAAUGGAAGCUGACUAAGAAUCAAUGAAAGGUGGAGAUGGCAUGGAAUUUGAAGAGGAUGAAGAUAUCAUGAGUGAUGUAAGCAGUGAAGAUGAACCUAAAAGAUUUAAUGGAAUUGAAUUGCAAUAGGAGAUUAAAAAAAUCUUUCAAAAGUUAAAUCAAGAAAUAGAUUAAUCUUACUUUUAUUUUAUUAAACGAUAAGAUAGGUUGAAAGAUUUAGCAAUUAAUUUCAAUAAAAAAAAUGUGGAUCCAAUUCAUUUCUACUGUUUAAAUGAUAACAUAUUCCCAAAGAGAAUCGAUUUAUCAAAUUGUUUGGUUAAUGGAAAAGAGAUGCAUUUUUCGGAUCUUGGCCUUACAGAGAAGUAUUUCCCUCUAAUCAAAAACUUAUUGUAAUCUGUAAAAAGUAAAACAGUGAAGUAAUUAUUUCUGUGUAACAAUCAAUUGGAUGAUAAAUCAUUACUCUAUUUGAUUGAAGGAUUCCCUCUUUCAUUGAAAGAAAUCAAUUUAGGAAAUAAUGUCCUUGGUAGAAGAGGAGCACUAAUAUUGUCAAAUCAUAUAUAGAAGUUUACAAGCCUCAAAUCUAUCAAUCUCCAAAAUAACCUAUUAGCAGACAAAGGAGUAUUUGUGCUUUUGAAUUGCUUUUAAAAAAACGUUACUUUAUUAAAGUUGAAUUUAUCAGAAAAUCAAAUUACAGAUUCCUGUUCAACAGUAUUCUAUUAGUUCCUAUUGCAAAACAAUUAUUUGGAGAUACUAAUAUUGAAUUGGAAUCAGUUGGGACCAUCAGCAGGUACCAUGAUUGCAAAAGGGUUGUAAUAGAAUAGAUCAAUUAAAGUUCUUGAUUUGAGUUAUAAUCAUUUGGGACAGAAUGAUAGAACCAACUUUAUGUAGGCUUUGUGUGAAACCAUUUCUAUUCCCCAAAUCACAUUGGCUCAUUUAGACAUCUCCUAUAAUUAGCUCACUGAGAAAUAAUUAAAGUUAUUCAGCGUAGCCUUAGCUAAGAACAAUACCUUAUAUGGUUUGCACAUCGAAGGGAAUAAAUGUUCAGCUAGAGUCAAUCCAUAUGGAUUUAUACAAUUCACUCAUGAAAGUGAAGAAUUUAAAGUAGUUUAAUAAAAGAAAACUGCCAUAGAUGGUGUCAAUUACAUCCCAAUGUAAGGGGAUAAUCUAUUCGGAAAUGAUUGUUGUUGGAUUUGUCAAGGAUGGAUGGAGUAUAGAUUUUAAUAUAUUCCUGAGAAUGAUAAUAAUUAAGAUCCUAUUUUCAUCCAUCUGGAUUUCUUAGAUUAUUAACCAAUCCCAAUGACGAGUAGUUAUGAAUUAAGAUAAUAAUUGAUGGAAGCUUAAAAGAUAAAAAGCAAUUAUUUCGAUUUGACAACUGGAGAGAUAAUUCAUCAAUUAAAAUAAUUAGUAAAUACUGAUAAGAGAAUUACUUUGGCAGCUAUAACUGAGGCUUAUGCAGAGGAAACCAACAAGAAAAGUGAAGAAAUAACAUAAUAAAUGAUCCAAGAAUUAAGUAGGUUUUACUAUACUACUUAUUAAAUGUGUCCACCCAAAAGAAAGAUCUUGUACUUCUUCUCCAAUCCCAUUAAGGAAGAAUACUUCAUCGAUCCUAGAGCUAUGAAUAUGCCUGCUCCACUUGAUAAUAUCAUUCUGUAAGGUAAAGACCCUAAGCAUGCAGUGCACAUCUUUUCAGAUGGCACUAAAUUAGCUUUUGCCAAAAUCUAAUAAGUAAAUUAUAUUUUUUCAAGACAAGAAUACAUAAUAGAUGAUAAAGAUAAUUAUAAACCCUUAAUAAAAGUAUUCCCCAGAUCUUCCUAAAAGAAGUAUGUAUUAAGGAGGUUUGCAAACUUUCUAGUAAGAAAGCAAGCCCACCUUAUUACCUGGCACAAGGAAGACUCCAUUUUUAGACCAUUUAAUGGGGAUACAGAAGAAUUACUAACUGAAUGCUUUGAAUUUGAUUGGAAUAGCAGUAAAAUCAGUCGUUUUGUUAAGAGUGAAUAUGAGAAGAUAAAAUUGAAGGAGUAUUUUAGAUAGCACUAUUAAUUGAUCAAGGAUGUUUAUAAGUUUCACUCUAGUAUUGGAUAUUAACCACCAACAUUUGAUGUGUUUUGCAUUCAAUUCCCUUAAUAUAUGAAGUGGCUGAAUAAGCUUUCCAUUAUAGAUGGAGACCUGUUGAAAUCUCAAGAUGUAGAAAUUGACAUUGUUUCCUUGAAAAAUAAUGUUGAUCCGAAAUACAUCUACAAUCCAGAGAAAGCUAUCAUUAGAUAUCAGUUCUUAGAGAUGUUCUUUAGAAUUGCUAAUGACAAAUAUGUUAGAACUGAAAUUUACAAGAGUUAUGCAGAUGCUAUUUUCAGAUUACUGAAGGAAUUCAAGGAACAAUACCAACAUUUUGAUAUGAUCCAAGAAUGGAGAUCUUAUAGAUUAUGGACAAAGGAAUGUGACCAUUUAUUGUAAAUUAAGAUGCCUUUUGUCAAGAAGCUUUAUGAUUACGUAACAGACAUCACGAAUCGAAAAUGGUAUUUUAAAUUGAAGUGGAUAUCUAUUAGAGAAUUCAAAGAGUUUUGCAAAUAAUUUAAUCUCCAUGAAUAUCUAUCAGAAAAGCUUUAGGUCAUAAUUUACAACUUUUCAAUGAUGACCUAAAUUGAUGAACUUACUUUAGAUAGGAAUAUAAGAAUGAGUUUCAUUGAAUUUGUAGAGGCACUUGGAAGAAUUGCAGAUAGAAUCAGCCCUGCUCCAAUUCAAGAACUCAUAGACUCAUACACCUUAUUACAAAGACAAUAACUACCUUUACAUGUAAAAUUGGAAACUCUGCUCACAUACUUGUAUUACUAAAUGAAAUCUAGAGAUUAUGAAUAUGAACAAUUCUGCGAUUUGUUUGUCUAUUAUAAACCUGAGCAGUCUCCCAAGAGUAGUUUCCCUAAAACAGACAAAACUAAGAAAUUGGACAAGGACCACGAUUAUCACAAUGAAUUAACCUCCCUUACAAUUUAUAAUGCAGUCUCAUAUUUGAGUUAGAAUAAGUAGCCAUAUUUAAAUCCUAAAUAUAAACAAUUCUUAAAGCAAAACAUCAUUUAGACAUCUCCCAUUCGUCCCUUUUAGCAUAUAUUACAAAGUGAUAAAAUAAGAAGAGCUAGAUUGUAACCAGAAACUUACAAUUUAGAAUCAAGAUUAAACUAGCAAUAAUUCAAGGCUCAAAGUCCAAAUAUGCAGACAACUCUCUCUUAAAACGCAUGA